AUGUUCAAGCACGGCCUACGCACCUUUGCGACGGCGGCUCUGCGCAGUGCAGAAGCCUCAACAGCAUACAAUACCAAGGUCUCCCAAGCCCAAGGGUGGGUCAAUGGCCUGACAGAAGCAAUUGGCAACACUCCUUUAAUCAGGCUCAAGCGUCUUUCUGAGGAGACUGGCUGUAAUGUUCUUGGCAAGGCCGAGUUCCAAAACCCAGGUGGCAGUGUCAAGGAUCGGGCUGCGCUAUACGUCGUGAAAGAUGCCGAAGAGAAAGGACUGUUGCGGCCAGGCGGUACUGUUGUAGAAGGAACGGCCGGAAACACCGGUAUUGGGCUUGCGCAUGUCUGUCGGUCGAAGGGAUACAAACUCGUAAUCUACAUGCCCAACACGCAAUCACAAGGGAAGAUCGAUUUAUUGCGGCUCUUGGGUGCUGAAGUCUAUCCGGUCCCCGCAGUCGCGUUCGACAACCCACAGAACUAUAAUCACCAAGCACGGCGCCAUGCCGAGUCUCUUGAUAAUGCCGUCUGGACCAACCAGUUCGACAACAUUGCAAACCGCCAGGCCCACAUCGAGACGACUGGGCCAGAGAUAUGGGCGCAAACUGAGGGCAAAAUUGAUGCUUUCACAUGCGCAACGGGGACAGCUGGCACAUUGGCAGGAAUCACUCGGUAUCUGAAGACAGUUAGUGACGGACGCGUAAAAAGCUUCCUUGCCGAUCCGCCGGGCAGCGUGCUGCACAGCUACAUCCAGAGCGGAGGCAAGCUCGCUGAGCGGGCCGGAGGAAGUAUAACAGAGGGCAUUGGCCAGGGUCGUGUUACAGAGAACUUGAAACCGGACAUUGAUCUGGUCGAUGGCUCGCUGCACAUCAGCGACGAGAAGAGCAUCGAGAUGGUGUACCGCUGUUUGGACGAAGAGGGUCUGUACCUUGGUGCAAGCUCCGCAUUGAAUGUUGUCGCUGCCAAGGAGGUCGCUGAGAAGCUGGGUAAAGGCCAUACCGUCGUUACGAUUCUGUGUGACGGUGCCUAUCGGUAUGCAGACCGUCUUUUCUCCGACAAGUGGCUGAAGAGCAAAAACCUUCGACAUGUCAUUCCCAAACAUUUAGAAAAGUACAUUGUACUACCAUAG